AUGACGAGGCCUCAGAUCAUUCGCGCUGAUACCUUGGACCUUCAAAACCAUCAAUCCCCGUCAGCGCAAGACCAUUCGAAACAACCUGAACAUCCAGAACCCCUUGGGGGCGGCCGGUCUGCCCCCCAUCAGUCCUCCUCUAUUCGUCAUGCCGAGGAAGACAUGAAGUUGGAGAUCAAGAACGGUCCUGGGACCGACGGUGCCAUGGUGUACGAUGAUGACGACAUCGAGGCGGACGUGGCUGGAAAUGCCGACUACGAUCACGAUGAUAGUGACCUCGCGGAUGGUGAAAGUGACGAUCUCAUGGACGACGAUCUUAUGGACAAAAUAUCGAGUUCUCCGUCCAUUGACGAUGAGGACAUUGAUUUCGAAUUCGUCUACGCGCUCCACAAUUUCGUCGCAACUGUUGAUGGACAGGCAAAUGCCGCCAAGGGUGAUACUAUGGUGCUACUAGACGACAGCAACAGCUAUUGGUGGCUUGUUCGUGUAGUCAAGGAUGGAAGCAUCGGGUACCUGCCGGCAGAACACAUCGAAACGCCCACCGAGAGACUUGCCAGGUUGAACAAACACAGGAACGUUGAUCUAUCUGCAACGAUGUUAGGCGACAACUCGGAGAAGUCCAAGAAUCCUCUGAAGAAAGCCAUGCGUCGGCGAAACGCGAAGACUGUCAACUUCGCUCCACCAACUUACAUCGAAGCGUCCGAUGUUGAAUAUUCUACCGACGAAGAUGAUGAGCACGGUGAUUUCUUCAACGAUGACGAGACUGUGGAAUCGGAAGAUGAGGGCCAGGAGCAGAAUGAGGACAUCGUGGUGGAGCCUCUACGGCCCAAGGGACAAAAAGAGAAAACCUCAGAACAGCCCGAAGGCGCUGAGGCUGAAGACAGGCCUGCACCCGAGCAAUCAAUCACGGACCCUCACCGGUCGAGCGAGGAGUUCUUUGACCCCGAAGUGGAACCUGCCGUCAGUAGAUCCAGAAAUGGCACUGUGCGGAAUACCGAUUCUUUCUUCAAGGAUGACACUGCCGAGCCAAAGAAGAUUUCUUUGACUCCGAACCUGCUACGCGACGAGUCCAACAACAAUAGCAAUAAUAGUCUACUCAAUGAAUGGAAGGAUGGCCGCGGAAGCUUUGAAAGCAUCGAAAAAGCAACUUCUUCACAAGAGAAACUCACCAAGGAUGACAAGAAACGCAAGGACAAGAAACCCGGGAUGCUUAGUGGUCUCUUCAAGCGCGGCAAAAAGAGCAAGUCGACCGACGAAGACAUUGAUGAGCCCUUGUCCCCUGCUGAAUCUUCAUCCCGCAUAUCUCCAAAGACCUCCAUGGAGUCCACAAUGUCCCAGGACUCUAGGACUAAGCCGACGAGGCAGGCCAGUAACAAGUUGCAGAAGCAGCCCCCAGCGGCUAUGUCUCCUGUCUCUCCCACCUCUCCCGUCGAUCACACCCAGGACAUUGAGUCAGCUCUCGCAAGCCAGGCGGCUCCAUCAAUUCGACAGGUUACUACAACUCAGGAAGUGGAAACUUUCGAAGAAGAAGACUGUGGCGCGGUGGCCUCUCCUGCCGGCCAAUCAAGCCCCUCGAAAGCGAAGCGCAGUGGAGAGGACCUCACGGAUCCGAUCGCGCAGCGACUGGUCAGCAUUCAGUGGUAUCCCCACCCCAAAGAUUCACACCAACGAUGGGCACAAGCUACUAUGGCGGUGGAUCGGGGUCCCCCCGUUGAUGACUUCCCAGUCGAGGGCCAUAUCCCGAUUAGUGCCCCCGGCCUGACCCCCGAUACUACGCAGCGUGGCUACUCUGUCUCGCCGCCCUCCCCGCCGUCGUCCUCCGAGGCCGAUUCCCACGACCUUCAGGCCACCGACGCAACCCAGGGUUCACUUGACACACUUUCAGUGGACACCCCCACCUGGAGUGAUGCCAGUCUACGAUCAUACAUGGACGAAGAAAACGAUAUACGCGACCUUUUCAUCAUUGUCCACGACAAAUCUAAUAUUCCCCGGCCGGUCCCGAGCACCCUGUGA